UCUUUCCACCGUCGGGAGAAAACCGAAGGGCUCGCGCAUCUCUGAUGAGACACCUUGCAGAGCGCGUGCGACUAACGUGCGAAGAUAAAAGAAAUGCUGUUGGACACCAGCCGCGGGCUCACGAGUCAGGCGGUGGUUGUAAUCUGAAACCAGUUUGAGAAAGGGCACAAAUAUCGAGCCAUGAAAAAACACCUGAGCCCCACGAAGCAGCAGCAUGACCACCACCAGCCGCCGCCCCCACCGACAGACAUCCCGGCUGCUGGCGGCGAGGUUACCGUAAACGAGCUCAACGAGCUCCUCUCCGACGGCAGCGGCUUUUACAACCUCCCCACCCAGCACUUCAAUGAGGUCUUCCCCAGGAUUUACAUCGGAAACGCGUUUGUCGCCCACAACCCCAUGCGACUGCAGAAACUCGGUGUGACACACGUCCUCAACGUGGCAGAGGGCACCUCCUUCAUGCACGUCAACACCAGUCCAGAGAUGUACGCCGGCACUGGGAUUACAUACCACGGCAUUCCAGCCAACGACACAAAGGGCUUCAACCUCAGUGCCUUCUUUGAGGAGGGGGCCGAUUUUAUAGACAGAGGAUUAGCACACCAUAAUGGCAAAGGGAAGGUAUAUGUACACUGCAGAGAAGGCUACAGCCGCUCCCCAACCAUGGUUGUCGCUUACCUUAUGAUGCGCCACAAAAUGGACGCCCGGACGGCUCUGGCCACCGUGAGACAGAAGAGAGAGAUCGGCCCCAACGAUGGCUUCCUCCUCCAGCUGUGCCAACUUAACGAGAAGCUGGUGAAGGAGGGUAAGCUGAAUGGAGAGGUGGGCAAAACGAAGACCAAAUGAAAACAAGAGAGAUGUCUGUCAGGCAGGUCUCUUCCUGCCAGGCAGAUCGCACCCUAACCAAACCAGCACCCAUCUAACAUAUCAGGGGUACAAACAUGCAUUUAUCUGUGUAAAUACCUAUCCUUCAUCAUAUGUGCAUAAACAGUUUCAUUUCCCAUCCUCCUUUUUAUUAGUCCACACUUCACCUCUGGGCAGAUUUUCCUGCAAAUUUCAGCUCUAAAUUUAUAUAGCAACAAGCUUACCUUUCUUUAAUUCCCACAAGUUAAUAAGACAAACACCUUGCCCUGAUUUAUAAAACAUCCUUACAAAUUUGUAUUUAACAGAUUAUAGCACAAUCAUUCCAUAGUUUCCCACUGCCGGAAUGUCAGUGAUGUCUCUGUGAACAGAAGUAAAUUUCAAAUGGAAAAAUGAAAUUCCUUAUUAAUAAAAAUGUGUGACCAUAGACAAAGAGUGCAGGAAGGAUAUUCCCAAACAUUCCAUAGACUACAACAGAAAAAAAAAGACGCCCAGAUUUAAUCCUUAAAGUACUCAAGUCUUUAUCUUCCUUCUGCUGCUUUGUGGCAGAUAUUUCAUGCACACACAAAAAAGCAAAACGGUGAAAUACACUUUCUCACUCUCAAAUGCAUCCAAACUCUGGCUGUAGUGUUUCAGUUUUGGCCUCUAGCUUGACAACAUUGGCAGUGAAAGUGUUUAUCCACCGAGAACCAGGAAGGGUUGAGAUAAUUAAAAAUAAUGAGCUGUGCAGGUUACUCAUGUUACAGCUGUGUUUGUGAGUUUGACAGAUAUUCCUUUUAGUUGGAUUGUGAGGUCUCUAUGGUAAAAAAAAAAAAAGAUGGAAAGGCAAUAUCUAUUUCAAUUAUAUUUCAAUCUAUUUUAAUUUUAUUAACUUCCAUGUGACAAAAUCAAUAUUCUCCAGCUGAGAAAUAUUCUCAGAUAUACAACUUGACAUCUACUUUUUAUGUGGCUAGCCUUUUGAUUGCAGAGGCAGAUAAAGUAAUCUCCAAGCUCUCUGCAGCACUAUAAGCCAGUUCAAGGUUUACAUUUUUAGUUUUGUAUAAGAUCUCUGUAAUAAAUCAGAAAUCACAGUAGAAUGAUCUGUCUUCACUAGAGGAAAAUUUUCUUCUCUACAAAUUCUUGUUGUACUGCUGUAACCAAAGCUAAUUUAAAUUAAAAGCAUAGUUUAUUGAAAGUUAAAGCUUACAGUUCAUUAUACAUUUUUUUCCCCUUUGGCUUCUUAUGAUGUUGCACAAUCAAGUUUUAGACUGUAAACUGUACCUACCCUGAAAUUACUUCAACGGAAAGCAGACGUCUCCAGUAUUCUGCACAUUGCUUCAAUGUUUCAACAAUGUUCAGUCUGUCUACUAAAUCAAAACCCCUGAUUUAAUGUAUCCUAAAUUAAGGUUUGCCAAUAAAAGAGAAGAUUAUAAGCUUUAUCUUUCACAGUGCGAGGCCCAGUAUUGCUGUCAUAAGGGAGGUUCAGAAAGCCAAUCUGGCCUUUCAGUGUCAAACGUAUCAGCUGGGAAGGAUGCCAUUGGCCUUCAAUCGAGAGAGUUUCUGUCAUCACAACAGAGAGUAAAUACACUGCCAGUUCCCUGACACAGCCCUUCAACCAGUAUCACAUGCCACUUUUUCAUCAACACCGUUUAUCACAACACACUCACACCCCUAAGUGUGUGCCAGACAGAAGCUCAUGCACACACAAACACACUUCCUUUGUUUGUAUGCACUAAAAGCAUUGCAAUAUAUGUCAAUACCCUAUCAGAUAUAUAGAAUGUAAUCAUAUUUAGGAUGACUAAUCCAGCAGUACUCGUUAUGUAACGACCUCAGUUCUAUGAUUCUUCGCUAACGACAUUGCAUUUACAGCGUUAGUAGACAAAAGUGUAAAUUAUUUUGUCCAGGAAAGGAUGAUAUAUAUACAGUAGAUUACAGUGAAAUAUGUAGAUGAAAAUCUCGCUUCAGUAUGAAAGUCUGUGUCCAGCAAUCCAGAUUAUAUAAAACUGGAGGGACAAAUAUUAAAAUGACUCUUUCACCUCAUUAAUGCCACUAUUAAUUCCUCUCUCAAUAUAUCUGUAUACAUCUGAAUAUAUAUAUGUAUAUGUACACUGUAUAUACAUAUUUAAGUGUUGACAUAUAUGAAUGUACAAGCAAUGUGUUUAUAACUUGUAGGUAUUGUCAUUAUGUUCUUUACUAUCAUGUUAUAUUUGUAUAUGGGUCCUUCCGCCAUCGCCACUGUAUUAACAACAAAACUACAUGUUCAUUAAUAUUCAGAUAUAUGCAUGUCAAGUGCUGUAUAAUUGUGAUAUUUUAACCACUUCAUUUUAACUGGGGCACUUUCCAUUUUGUUUAGAGAUGCAAUCAGCUGGCCAAAGAUUAUGGGGCGGGGGGAGGCAAUUUGUUAAAUUUUCUGUUUACAGUUUGAAUAUGUUUUACUCGAAUAUUUAGAGUUUAUAAUAGUUAGAAAAAAUAAUUUCAAACAGUAAAAUUUAUAAGAACCCUGGAACAAUUAGGAAUAUGCUUUAUCACAUAAGUAGAAGUAUUCUUGUUGUCUUUAUUAAAGCACCUGAAACACACGUUUCCUUUUCUCUGUGUUCCAGUACUUAGAUUGGGGAAAAAUUAUAUUAGACAUUGGCCAGGACAACCUUGAUUGAUGCAUCUCUGAUAAUUUUUUCUAGUUUGUCACCAUGAAGUUCCUUCAUGAAUUACAGCCACAUGCAUACUUAUUAUCAGCAGGUGUGCCAUCAUACACAAGGAUGCACUAAGGGCAAUCACCCAUUUAAAUGGUAGAUGUUAUACAUAAGCAGAACAAAGUAUUUCUUUGUGCCAUUUCACCACAUUUUCUCUCACAGGUUGUGCUUAUUACAAGUAAGAAGAAAUAAAAAAACCCAACUUGUCCAUUCUAGAAACUAUACACUCCACACAAACUCCUUUAAAAAAGUAUAAACUGUAAUGUCACUAGAUUAUUUGACACAGAGCAGCUUUUCAAUUAUGCAUCAAUCUUAAAUUCAACAAAGUCUUAAGUUGCAUAAUAUAAACAAUUUAAUUAUGGGACUUUUUUGCAUAAGAUGACCUUUACCUAAAAAGCAAACAGCAUCUGUUCAGUCCUGCUGUGAUAUCCUCACAUAACUGUCGCCCUCUAGUGACAGAAACAGAUGGUGUGGCCGCCUGUUCUCUGUAUUAAUGACUUUUGUUUCACUUUGCAAACGGUGGGUGCAUAGGACAUAAAAAUCUAACUAUUUAGAAACUUUACCACUAGAUAAUUCAUGCUCUUGUUGUGUAUUCUGUCUUUAUUUAUCCUGUUUAUACGAAAAUUCAAGAAUGAGACCAUUUCAUCGUCAUCAUCAGCUUUAUUAAAGACACAAAUGGGUCCAUAGAAAGAUAAUUUAAGAGAAUUAAGAAAAACAAUCACGUAAAACGAUAAUCACAUAUACAAGUCACAGAUUUACAGAAAGGCUAGACCGCCAGUGAUUCCACAUUCUGGACUUAAACGUGACUGAGCUUUGUGAAAUAUCUGUUAGUAUCUGGACGAUGUUUGUAGAAACACGUAACCUCCACAUAAGCCUGUACAUAAAUUUUCGUUAGACAGCAUGAAAAGUGGAGACACCAACAAAUAACGGACUAGCACUAGUCCAUCUCGGCAUCCUAAGCAGCAUCCUCAUUCCAUCAUUGUAUGCCACUUUGAGUUUCUGUAAACUGUUUGGUUUAUACUGUCUCUAUAAGUGAGCAGUAUACAGAGGAGUGCAGGCUUUAACGAGAACCGCUUUCACUGAAACAGAACACAUCCCGAGCUUGCGUACCAGCAUGUUGGCUGGUACGCAACAUUAAACAACGUUUACAUAUGUAAAUAUAUUUGUCCAAUUUGAUUAAUUGGACAAAUAUAUUUGAAUAUUUGAUCUCUAAAUCUUCUCUGUGUUAAAAACUUUAGGGAUGACAUGUCUUCAUGUUCCUUGCUUGUAGCUGUCAAAUGUGUUUGAAAUUAAUUACACAAUUACGCCAUCUUCUUAUGAGCCCUUCCUUAAAACUACUUUUUAGAACUUGUAUUUAGAGUAUUUUGCAAAAGUAUUUUUUUUUUUUUUUUAGUUUUGUUCAUUUUCCUUUCACUUUAAAGUAGUGUACUGUUUUGUGUGGGUAUCACAUAAAAUACCAAUAAAACACUGAAGUUUGGCUCUGUAACAUGACAAAAUGUCAUGUGAACAAGUUUAAGAGGUGUGAAUACUUUGCUUUGCACUUUGUGUGUAGCUCCCCCUUAAUGCGCAUAAAUACAGAAAGGUCAUUUUACAAGCCUCAUAUGUCAUUAAAAAAACAAUAUUUAGACUUCCAAACAUUCACUGACAUGUCCAGACCUUCUGUGAACUCUGACUCAUUAUUGGCCAUGAAGAAAAGCCAGAUAAGGUAAUAUUCUCACAGGGAGUUAAACGCGAGUUCAGACUUUGUUGAACGAGAACAAGUGCAGUUUUACUGUUUCUCUGGCCUGGUAUAUGUACAAGUUAUUCCACUCAACUCUGACCUGUUUCAAAUUUAGUUGUGUGAAAAUGUCAGAGUUGAUCUUUAAAGCUGCUCGUUAGAUUCCCCCCCAUCCCCCUCACAUAUGCUUCCUUCUGUUGUUAAAUAGCCAGGAGUUGAAUUUUAAAGUCAAAUUUCUCACUGCAUGGUUUAUUUUCCGUGACUUGGUCAUAGAUCUCACACCGUACAUUGACAGCGGAGCCGACAUAAUAAUCCAAAAUGCAGAGCACCCACUCUACUGCACAAAAAUCUUUUAAAGAAACUCAUACGGUUUCUGUUUUAUUCCUUAGUAUUUGUGAGUACUGUACACAAAAUCAAAGACAUUUCAGUGAUUGGUGCAACUCCUUUAAACAAUUAAACAAUUAUAAUCAACUGCUUGCAGUGAUCUGCUUGUUGCUUUCAGACAGAACAGGUUUCAAAAACAAAUUGCAGUCUUUCAUUUAGCAAACCAGCAAUGUCAAAGUGUAGUCCCCAAAGGCCAGUGUCCUGAAGCUUUUGCAUGUCUCCCUGGCCUGCACACCUGAAUCAAACUAAUACAUUGUAGCAUUAUACUGAAUACUAACUUAGCAAAGUCCUGCUAAGAACCUAAAUAUUCAAUUCAGGUAUGUUGAAGCAGAGAUGCAUCGAAAAGCUGCAGGAUACUGCCCCCUUGAGGACUGGAGUAUGACACCUGCAAAGCUUUUCUGACAUCAGUAAAGUGAAAAAGCUUCUCUGUGACUAGACAUGGGCUGGUAUUAAGAUUUGGAGAGAUGUUGCGACCUCAAUCAAAUGUUCAAGGUGUUGGGAGGCCUAAACAAACCACAAAUAAAUAAAUUGCUAAACUGAAUUGCUUUGUUCCUAAAUAUGACUUGCAAGAAGUGUCUAUAGCCUAUCAAAAUGAUGUUAGUUUUUUAUUUAUCUGCCACUGCAGGAAAGCUUGUAUGAAGUGGGUUGUUUAUUUCACCAGUAGAAAUGAUCCAUCAGAUCUUGUUUGGUUUAAAUUGUACUGUUAAAAAGUGACAGAUGCCACUCCAAUCUAUGUCUUACAGCCAACUCUGAUUUGUUUGUUUGGAAGUAUGGAAAGCUUUUCAGGGAAUUCUCCACCUUCAGGCAUCCAACACGGCUUAUUAGCUGCUCAAAGUAACAAGUGUGGGGAGGUGAACCUUACCCAAAUAACUUUUUCUUAAUUUUUUUUCUCCUACAAGGUAUAUUUUCACACUGCUUACGUUAUCGUAUUUGUUUUGCAAGGCGUCUGUAGGCUUUGUUGGAAAGGAAGGUUUUGGAAAAUUCCCCAUGUGCACAGCUGACUGACUGCUUUCAGCAGCAAGCAAGAGGAAGUUGAACACAAUUGUCUGUCAUUCUACUAAACUCUUAAACUGUAAUAGUGAAAAAAAAUAGAACCACUGCUUUUCUUUAAAAAAAGAAUUAGAAACUGGAAGCCAGCCCAUGUCUGGAUGUGACAAAAUAUAAAAAAUGCAUACAUCUUCAUUGCUGGUUCUUUAAUGCAUUGAGAAAUAGAGAAACACUGCCGUCUGCUGUUCAGCCUGUAUAUUUGUUUGGACAUAUUACAGUAGUUUCUGACCAUGUUUUGACAUGCGUUUGCCUCUUUUUCUUACGUUCAGCAUAUUCCAUACAUUUGUUUACACAAUGCCAGCACUAUUUUGUGGAUCACACAAUGUAUUAUAAAGAAUGUGAAAUGCCAUUUUUAGAUAUUAUAUAUGAAUCGUGAAUUGCUGCGUUUUAUCCUCAUAAUCGGCCUGUUGCAGUGUAAAGAUUGGACAGUGUUUGAAUGUAAUAAGUUAAAACUUGUUUUGUUUUUUUAAAGUUUGUGAAAUUAUUGACAUUUGGUUGUAAGUUCUUUGGAGGUUUAACUCAUUUGUACUGCUUUUUUUGUCGCUUUUUUUGUACAAACUAUUCUUGUGACGUACUUCUUCAACCAUUCUGUUAAAUAUCCUUCGUCAUUAUCUGUGUUGCUUUUGGAUGAGUCACCUACAUGAAUAAUGCUAGUCAGAGCUGGGCCAGACUGUAAUUGUAACUCAUUUGCUUUGCAGAAGAGGCUUGUUAAAUCAAUCAAGAGUAGCCAGGUAGUUGUGUUUAUUAUCACAGAAAAGUACAUAAAUCGACAUAUAAGUAAUUUCCUGCGAUUUUCUCUUAAUUUUGCAAUCCCAUGCGGUGUAAGUCAGCCAUCUGUCGGCCAUAAAAAGCUGAGAUGAUAGUCAAUUGAUAUCUCACAGCAUGGAAAGUCGUCUGGUUUAACUCCUCUAAAUUGUCCACCAUGUAGUAAUCUCUACCCUCUGGUGCUCUGGAGGACUUUCAAACAUAUGCUGGAAAUUACUUACAAAUACCGCUUGGCCCAGGUGACACUCCAUCUGUCGUCAUUUUCUCGCCUCCAUUCUGAUAAGUGGCUUAAAGCAGGCGUUUUAGCACAAAUGAGCCCACUGCCUGACUCCUCUGGAGUCUAUUAUGAGGUCCACUUCUUGUCUCGUUACGUUUGUGUUCAUGUGGAGAUUCUGCAAAAGGUCUUUGUUGUGAUGUUGGAUUGUCUGUAAAUGGGUCUUUGUCAUUGCUGACGUCUCAACAGAAGCAUCACCACCCAAAGCCUUACAGUAAUGACUGAUUCGGGAUACGUUUUUCAGUUUGUGUAUUUCACUUCAAGCAGCUGGAAGGGGCAACCCGUUAAAAAGUUGGAUGUUGUUGAAGUGCACUUGAUUUUAAAUUGCUGUGUUAUUUUUCUUACCUUGGAGCAGUCCAUUAUUUCUUAUGUUUAAAAACAAAUAAAUGAAUGAGGUAUUACCA